GUCAGUGGUGACCCCUCCCACGCAGAGGACCCCCCCCCCUUGCUCUCUGCGUGCGUGUGUGACAAGACUUAAAGCUGGACAUAUACCUCACGCGUUCUUUUAAAAGCAGACGUCAUCUCGGGGUAAGAAUCACAGCUCUCCAGAAUUUCGACUCACUUUUGUUACAAAUCCAGCUGUAUUUCCAAACUUGAUAAUUUUCUUUAAACAAGUAUUAUUUUGAAUCAUGUCCGACUUUACAGGAAGACCUGCAGCUAUAAGUUCUCAGGUUCUGUCCACGUUGUUCGAUCGGGCAGUCUCAGAAGAUCCAAACAUUGUCUUAGAGUCGGAAUUUAUAAGCGAUCUUGCCAAUACUCAGGAGACAUACCAGAACCACACAGCAUUAAACAAUACAAUUGAUAACCGGGAGAAUCCUAGGAAGAACCGCUUGUCAUUGAAUAAAAAAAGAACUGACUCUGAAGCUAUCAGAUCAUCACAGCUGGUGAAUACGGCUCUGACACCAUCCGGUUCUGUUCAGACAGGAGUACACAGCAUAACCCGUGAUGAAGACGUAAUUCUCAUCUCGUCUGAAUCGGAAGACGAACCUGUGGCAGACCUGCCUUCAGGGCAGAGAUUUGAUUUCAUCUCCGUCACGCCUCCUCCCACACCACGGCAGGCUGCCAGGGCAAGGCCAGACAUCGAACAGAGAGCAGAACCAGAACCUGAAGCGGAACCGGAACCAGAACCUGAAGCGGAACCGGAACCAGAAGCGCUACCUGAGAGGCCUACUAAUUCUCACCACCCAUCUUCCGGACUCAGGGGCUGGGAGAGGAAGAGGAGAGCACAUAAUCUCCAAUUCAGAACCGUUUUAUUAGAUGGAUUGAUUACAGAAUCUUUCAUGCUGCUGGACAGACCUCCUACGGACAGAGGACGACGACGACAAGCUCUGGCUCGCAACCGAGAACAAGUUAAAAUCCUGCUACAAGCCAGCAGAACAGUGUUGCAUAAUCUUUCCUCCGAUGCAAAGGUGAUUGUGAAAUGAAUCAUGUAUGAUUUGUCUCUUAUAACUCAGUAAAGAAUGGAAGACCAACAAGCUAGAGUUGAAUCAUCUCAAUCAGAUUAUUCCCAACAAAUUUCUAAUUCCAUCCAAACUCUGCAAACACUUGCAUUAGCAUUGAAUACUGGGGGAAAUGACUUUUCACAGAGCCCUGCUCUUAGCCCUGCUAGAUCACCAAUCUCUGAUAUUUUAAACGCAUCUGAAGUCUCAGACUAUUUAAGACAAAUUAACGAUGCAGUCCGCGGUUUAAAUGACUACAUAUCUCCGCAAAACUCACCGGCUGCCUCAUCUGUGUUGGAUGAAACUUUUCAAAAUACAGAAUCUCAAUCAGAUUAUUCCCAACAAAUUAUUAAUUCCAUCCAGAUUCUACAAACAAUCGCUUCAGCUUUGAAUACCGGGGAAAAUAACUUUUCACAGAGCCCUGCUCUUAGCCCUGCUAGAUCACCAAUCUCUGAUAUUUUAAACGCAUCUGAAGUCUCAGACUAUUUCAGACAAAUUAACGAUGCAGUCCGUGGUUUAAAUGACUACAUAUCUCCGCAAAACUCACCCGUUGGUUCACCGGCUACUUCGUCUAGCAUUUCAUUAGAUGAAGGUUUUCAAAAUACAGAAUGUGUGUUACCAUCUGAAACAGUUUCUGCAGCAAAUGAUCAAGCACGGCAGCGAGGAGGUAAUCUAGAUCAAAAUCAGAGAAUUGAACGUCAGCGUUUCAAUAACAUUGAAAUAAGGAGAUCGUUAUCAAUCGGGCCUCCAACCCAAG